ACGUUUUUGUGUUUCUUUUUGGAAUUGUUGAGUUUUUUACCAGUUUGUUCAAAAUUUUCGUUUCUGUGCUAUGAAGUUUGUGGGAGAUUUUUUUUUGUUAAAUAUUAGUUAAUUUUCGAUUUUGCUCAACGAUGUCGGAUCGGAAAAGUCACGGUUUUGACGGGUUUGAAUUUUCGGGCGUGGGUGGCGGCGCGGCUUCGGGAAGCUUUUUUGGCGCGAACGCGAGUUCCACGCUGCGGCGGAUGCUUUCCGCGGUGGAACCCUUUACCAACACGGAUAAAACGGUGGCGAUGACGUCAUUUGGGGGUGGUGAAAAUGUGUUGCAAAAUUUCACUUUACAAACAAACUUUCACCGGCAAGGCCAGCAGCGCGCCAAACGAAAGCGCAAAGAAUCGUCUUUUUCGUCCUGUUCGUCGUCCUCGUCGUCUUCGACGCUGCUGUCCUUGGUGGCGCAAGGACCGCCGACGAGUGCCGAACGAAGGUACCCUCCACCACCCACCACAAGCGCUGCUGGUGUUGGUGAGGAAAACUCUUUCGGUGUGGGUGGUGGCGGCAGCAGUGUGGAAGAACAAAGUGGGCAGCAGAAAAAUGGAAAAUCUCUGCUGGGAGGAAAAACAGCUGAUUUGAAUGAAUCGACUUCGGUUGCAGGCGCUGGUGGUGGUGUCGACUACUACAACAGGUCGUCGGAACCGCCGGCGCAGGAUGUGGGGGAGGACGAACAGACGGAUUCACCCCGGCGGAAGCGACCGAAAUACGACUACACACGUGAUCAGAUGUUUGAAAUUUUUCAACCGUGGGUGAUACAAACGUACGGCGAUCGGGCUAAAACGAAAACGAUCACGCUGAAAAAGCAAGCACGGAUCAUCAAAACUCUUAAGGGACAGGAGAUGAACAACCCAGACAGCAGCAAGUUUCGGUUCUGGGUGAAGACGAAAGGCUUCACCACCAACAAACCGAAAGGCUUCCAGGAUAUUUUCGUGUUCCACAAUCAGGAGGAGAACGAUGGAUGCCUGCUGUUUGCUCCAAACACCACGGAAACCGAUACUCAACCGUACAAGAAGGUCGCCGUUGUAGAAAACUUCUUCAACAUCAUCUACGGCGUGCACGUUUCACUGGGAAGCCGCUCAACGCGGCACGCCGGCCAGAAGAGAACCUACCGAACGAUCACGGAAACCUACGCCUUCCUGCCCCGUGAGGCGGUCACCAAGUUCCUGUCCCUUUGCGGCCAGUGUUCGAAAGCAAUGCGUCCGAAUUCUCCGAUCAAGCUGGAGGAUCCUGCGCCGACGGCCCCCAGCAGUCCCGUCUGCUCCGUAACGGAGGAAUCGUUUGACGAUGGAGCCGCAGUGUUGCCGUCUCCGUUGGCACGCGAUACGCGCGGCAACAGUGUUGUUAGUUCAAGUUUUGAUAGUUUAGCCAGUGAUGAAGUUUACGCCAAGUUGAUGGAUUGCUACAAAGUGCAGGGUGGCCAGGGUGGAGAUCGUGCCGGGGGGAAUAGUUCGACGUACUAUCAGUUGCUGAAGACGUUCUACGAUAACGUGAAGAAACGGGAAGAAUGUAGUGCGGUGGAAAGUUCGCGCCGGGAUGAAGGGAAAAGUGAGACGGUCGAGAAGGACGAAGAAAUGGUGGUGGAUCUUACCGGAACGCCUGAUUCUGAUAAGCCAUCCGGACGCAAUUCUUCAAAAGUGCCUAAAACUGUCGCACCGCAGGAUGAGGAAAGUUCUAAAAGUCGAAGCAGAAGAAGCUUUGCCAAAGCAGCUGUCGAGGUCGAUGCCGAUGCCGAUGAUGAAGAGGAUGACGAUGGCGAAAACGGGGAAGUUUUGUCGGUGGGGGAUGGUGCAAGGCCGGAGUUGUUAUCCUCCAAGGAGCUAUUUGCAUCGUGUGAGCCUUCGUCGGAAGUGAGCGAGAAAAUAAGACUGAAUAAUAACCUAGACGAUAAAUUUGAUGAUAGUGAUGGUGACAGUGAUGCGAGCGAGCAAAGUCGGAGUGAGUCGGUACCAAUUACGUCGACUUACUUGGAGCUAACUCGCAGUAUGGGGGUCGCGGACGAUGACGCGCUGAAUAUGGAAUCAAUAGCGAUGCCAUUCAACAACGAGUUGACGGAAAACAAUGGCACAGGUGGAGCUGCGGCCGGGGAAGAUGCAUACGCAGGCCUCAUCAAGGACGCGGACAAAUUCAAACUGAUGCUGCUGGCAUGGAACUACCAGAACUCGGCGGCAGGUAAAUCAGCCCAAAACGGCGCCGAAGGACCCGACCUGGCCACCAUGACCAACCUCUGGCAGCAGUACCAGAACGCACUGGCCAUGAACGCGAAAACUUCGUUCAACCAGUUGCCUAUUCCGGAACGUCAGCAACCGUCACCGAUCGAACAGCAUGACGAAACCAACUCAUCGGAACAAAAGGACGACGACGACCUAUCGGAGGAUGAUUCCGAGGACCGCAUCGAGGCAACCGUCAACGAUCCGGAGCGGUUGAAGGCGUUCAACAUGUUCGUGCGGCUGUUCGUGGACGAAAAUCUGGACCGGAUCAUUCCCAUUUCGAAGCAACCGAAGGAGAAGAUCCAGGCCAUCAUCGAUUCCUGCACGCGGCAGUUUCCAGAGUUUGCCGAGCGGGCCCGCAAGCGUAUACGAACCUAUCUAAAGUCCUGCCGGCGAAACAAGAAGACCCGUGAGGGUUGGGAGAACACUGUAAGUGAGUCUCGACCAACGCCAGCUCACCUGACGUCGGUGCAGGCCGAACAGAUCCUGGCCGUGGCCUGUGAAAACGAAAGUCUCAACGCCAAACGCAUGCGGAUAGGGCUGGAGCCCAUCAGUCAAUCGGUCACUCCGACCACGGCGGUAAGUUAUAUGACUUCGGAACCACCAAACGUCCCUACGCUGUAUCAGAACAUGACUCUGAAGUGUGAGACCGAGACAACUCCACCCGUCAAAACUGAACCUCUCACCAGUGUUCCCAAGUUGUCCCCGGUUCAGAACACCACCCCGGAUAUCAACCAGAUGAAGCUAAACAUUCCGAGUGCCAGCGCAAGUUCCACACCCACGAUCCCCACGACUGUGCCCACCAUUUCCAACUUCAGUGACUACAACACUGGUUUCACCAACCGGUCGCAGCACUACACCAACUUCAUGAACUCGGUCAACAGCUCCAACAGCACGAGUACGACCAUGUCCGCCACGGGUACUGCUCCCACCGAUUUGUCGAUGAAGCGGCCCAUCCUGGCGCACAAGCUAAACAGUGCCGAAAUCACCGCGGUCAAGCAGCUGGUCACCGGCUACCGGGAGAGUGCCGCCUUUCUGAUGCGAAGUGCUGACGAGCUGGAGAAUCUGCUUCUGCAGCAGCAAUAAGUAGUGGUCUCGAUAUUAUCGGAUAAGUUUACCAUAAAAAAAAACUAUGUGAACAACAAAACGUUACUGAUUCGGAGAUACCAAAAACUACCUGUACACGGUUACACAGUUUAGACGAUAACAAAAAAAAAAAAAACAAAAAUUAAGCAUGGAAUCGAUAUUUGUGUCGCAAUUAUGUUUUAAGUUGUGUAUAAAGUGUUAAAUAAAAACGAAACGAAACAAGUUAGAAAUUGAAAUUUUGAACACUGGCGAAAAACUACAAAACACAGGGUGAUAUAGAACUACAAAGAAAUUAUAUUUAUUUUUAAAACGAGAAACCAAAAGGAUACGAAAAACUAAAACGGAUAAAAACAAACUAGGAGGAAAGUGAAUAAGACCACAAAUAAGUCCUAUGAGAGUAAGGAAAAGGAAAGGAAACAACACUAUUGUAAUUGAACGUACCCACUAAUGUCGCUAUUGCUAUCGCAAUUUGCCAAAAUCCUACCAGGACUAACCCGAUUGUAACGACAACUGUAGAAAGAUGCAAACUGAAUAAUCUAAAACUAUUGAGUCAUUUUCUCAACAUCUUCAAUAAAAUUACAACAUUGGUUAUCAUGAUA